GUAAGGAAGAGAAAGAAAGAUAGAAGCAUAAGAGAGAAAGGGAAAUCAGAAGCUGAAAGAUAAAAGAGAGAAAGAUAUCGAAUCCGAUAUGGUUUCUAGGGAGCACAAGAGAGCAGCACUUUAUGAGAAGCUGCAGCUUCUUCGUUCCAUUACUAACUCUCAUGCUCUAAACCAAACCUCAAUCAUAGUAGACGCAUCAAAGUACAUUGAAGAGCUAAAACAGAAAGUGGAAAUACUCAAUCAAGACAUUGCAGAUGCAACUUCAAGUCACGACCAGAAUCAAUUGCCUGUGGUUACAGUGGAAACCCUAGAAAAGGGGUUUUUGAUAAACGUGUUUUCGGAAAAGAGCUGCCCAGGUUUGCUUGUUUCUGUACUGGAAGCCUUCGAAGAGUUGGGUCUAAAUGUGCUUGAAGCUAGGGUUUCAUGUGCAGAAAGUUUCAGAUUGCAGGCAGUUGGAGGAGAAAAUGAAGAAGAAGGUGAAGGGAUUGAUGCUCAUGCAGUGAAACAGGCAGUGGCAGUGGCUAUUAAGAACUGGAGUGAAAGUACCGAACAAGACUAAUCAAGCUUCGGUUAACAUAUUAAUGCUCUAAGUACCUUAUAUAUCUCAAUUUGGAAUCAUCGAUUUCCAU